GAAACAAUUUGAUCCAGAUUCAAUCUAAGAAAUUGGCUGAAGAGCACAUUCCUUGAAAUAAUUCUGUUGGUCCGCCAUGAGACCCAAGGAACAUCCGGAGCUGAUCUUCGACGUGAUCCCCAAGCUGUACGAGGAGCACUUUAAGGUAUUCGUGACUCAUCUGGGCAAUGUGCAGGAGCAGUUGCAUGUCCUGCCCCGCAAGUUCUGCCGGAUGUAUACCACACGUCCGUUGGCCAACCAAUUGCUAAAGUAUCUGGAGUCCCGCCAGGCGAAGAUCGGGGAGGAGGACUUUCAGGUGGUGGAGGAGUGCAAGCCUUUCCCGCUGCGCCUCAGCGAUGGCAAGCGUCUGGAGGCGAUGCUCUGUUCUGGAAGUGAACUUGGCCACAAUCUCAUCCUGCUCAUACGGCGGCCUACAAAUGCCGGAAAAUUGCUCUACUGUUACUCGGCGGCAAGGUUGGAAAACCUCGGUUGCCUGCUGGCCAAUUCUGUCUUCAAUUCCUGGAUCUCCCAGGGCACAGAGCAAUUGUAUCUGAAUCUCUCAGAUGUUAAUCGACCCUUUGAGCACGUGGACUUUGAUGUGUUGGCUGCCACCAUCGAAGAAUAUCGUAAGGAGCACAAUCAAGUGGUGCUUCUCAAGCUGCCGCUUUUCGGUUACGAGGAACUCGUCUAUCAAUUGGAUAACACCCGGCUCCAUGGACAUAUUCGACUUGUGGGCAACUUUUUGGAGAGCUUCAAGUGCCUCAGUUCCGAUCUGAAGCCCAUUCCGGAAAGGGUGAUCAAAGUCCAUGUCUGCGACACCCACAACUGGAGAACGGUAGCCAGUCGAGAGCUGAAGGAGGAGUUGAUUGCCACAGUGAACUUUCCACUGGAUUUGCUCAAAUGGUCGCCACAGCCAACGAGGAUGCAUCUGCGGCAACUGUGCAGCCUUGUGCGACCCCAGCACAUUCAGGGUAUUGUGCCCUUCCACUCGUCUGGCAAUGUGCCACCAGCUCCACAAUUUCUUCAAUGCUUCAGGUCCACCUAUGUGGCAGCGAGUAAGGCAAAGGAACCUCCAUCAAAGGCUCAGGAAACGCAACCGAAUCAAAGAGUGGAGAAGCGAAAAACGAAGGCACCUCUUAGAGUUAUCAAUGCCAAGCGACACCACUUUGUGGACGAUGAAAAUGAUAGUAGCAAUUCGAAUUAGAGAUUGAGAAUUUCAAGUAACACUAUUUUUAUAUUGUUCAUCAUAAUAGUUUAAAAA